UCUGAGCAUUCGGCUCUGAGUCCACACGGCAGGCGCGGAUCUGCAGCCGCCCGCGACGGGCGGGGGAAGGCGGAGCUAGGUGCCGCGGGAUGCAAUCGUGACCUCCUUCUGGGCCGGGCUUGGGAUGGACUCCGGGGCCGAGGUCUCCUGGAGCUGGCGGGCUUCCUGUGAUCCGAGUUAUCGUUCCUGCUGAAUUUAAGUCCCGCUCGCCAUGGGGGAGGUGGAGAUCUCGGCGCGGGCCUACGUGAAAAUGUGCCUGCACGCUGCCCGGUACCCACAUGCCGCGGUCAACGGGCUAUUGCUGGCGCCAGCGCCGCGGUCUGGAGAAUGCCUGUGCUUUACCGACUGUGUGCCGCUCUUCCACAGCCACCUAGCCCUGUCCGUUAUGCUGGAGGUCGCCCUCAACCAGGUGGAUGUGUGGGGAGCACAGGCCGGUCUGGUGGUGGCCGGGUACUACCAUGCUAAUGCCGCUCUGGACGACCAGAGCCCUGGGCUCCUGGCCUUGAAAAUCGCUGGGCGAAUUGCAGAAUUCUUCCCUGAUGCAGUACUUAUUAUGUUGGAUAAUCAGAAACUGGUGCCUCAGCCUCGUGUGCCCCCAGUCAUCGUCCUGGAGAACCAAGGUCUCCGUUGGGUCCCCAAGGACAAGAACUUAGUGAUGUGGAGGGACUGGGAAGAGUCACGGCAGAUGGUGGGAGCACUACUGGAGGGCCGGGUUUACCAGCACCUUGUGGACUUUGACUGCCACCUUGAUGACAUCCAGCAGGACUGGACCAACCAGCAGCUCAACGCCGAAAUCGCCCAAUGGUUUGGUCCCACCAAUGGAAAUGCUUGAGGCAGGAGACUCAGGAUCCAAUAAAGAGACUUGGGCUGAUGGGUAA